CUGCUUUUAAAAGCAUCGUGUAAAAAUGCAUUUACCUUAAAAAAACACAUCGAGUGCAUGCAGAAGGGUCUCGGAAAUUUCAUUCAAGGUAUAGAAAAGAACAGCAUCCUCUAAACAUAUAUGGACAUGGAUUUAGGGAUCAUUUAUGAAAAUAUCGAACCCAAGAACAGAAACACACCUGGACCUCAGAGUCAGAACCGAGAUGAAGCUCAAAACAGAAAAAGAAGCAGAUGGUUUGUGGUGAUCACAGUGUGUCUUGGGAUCUUCUGUGUAUUUCUGGUGAUCGCUCUUAUACUGCUGUACGUCUAUCUCACAGCAGAGAGAGAUCAGCUAUGGCAAAACAUCACAUCCAUGACUCAGAAGGAACGUGAGUUAGAGACCAAAGUCAAGAACUUCAGCGUUGCACUCAAGGAAAAGUUUUCAGGGUCAUGCAGCUAUUUCAUAUCCAGUGAGAAGAAGAACUGGACUGACAGCAGACGGUUCUGUAGAGAUCGUGGUGGAGAUCUGGUCAUCAUCAACACUGAAGAAGAACAGAAAUACGUAUCUUCAAUUGUCAAUGAGAAUGUGUGGAUUGGUUUGUCUGAUACUGAGAAGGAAGGAAACAUGAAAUGGGUGGAUAAUACACCAGUGAUUAAUGGGUUUUGGAUCCCGGGUGAGCCGAGUGACCAUGGCAGCAAUGAGGACUGUGUUGUAAUCUCUGAGUUUUCAGACACUUUCAUGAACUGGAAUGAUCUUCCAUGCUCAGAGAAGAGAAAAUGGAUUUGUGAGAAAUAGACUUCAUCCACUUCUGUUUUGAGAUUAAAUAAAGCUUUUAGUUUAAGUGUAAGACGUUUUUAUGGGAGCAUUGUUUUGCAUUUACGUCAGUUUCUGAUUGAUGUUUCUGGCUAAAUGUUGUCAUAGAGUAUAUCCUGUUUGUAAUGUCUGUUGUACUCUAAAAAGUGAUUUGUUGUCUCAACAACCAUAUUGUAUUAUGUUAAGUAGCUUCUACUUAAAAAUAAUCCAAUUUAUAACAUUUCAAGCUUAACUUAAAAUCCUUUGUUCAUGCAACACAAAAAUAUAAAUGACAAGAAAAGCUCAAAAGUAUGCACAAAGUGAAUGGGUAAAUUUGAGUUGUGCAAACUACAGUUAAAAUGAAGUAAACCUAACAUACAUUUCCACUGCAAUGAACUUAAUAUUAUCAGUACAAAUGCUGCGAGGAAUACCCAUACGCCCUUGCACCUGAAAAGUUUGAUUAUUCGUGCUUUUUUAAAUAAUAAGUACUUUGGGGGCAUUUGUAUAGAUGUUAAUAAGAUGUAUAACGAAAUUUAGGAGAGAUAUUUCGUAUUAUUGAUGUUGUUUUGUAGUGAAUAAUUGUGAAGUUAGCAUUCAGGUGAUUCGUGUUUGCUUCGGUAAGCAUAGACCCUGUUCAACUCAUCAUAUUUCUUACAACAAUAAGGAAGACAUAUACAUCAGAAAUGCAUGUUGUGUGCUUCUGUGGAGAUUCAUUCCAUGACUGACAUCAAAUCAAUCAUCAAUUAUUUCAAAACUGUUUGUUUGAAUAAUAUACUUCACUAUGCUAUAUGAACAUUAAGGUAAAUGAAUGACAUAUUUAAGUACAGCCUACAUGAGCACUGUAAGUUGUUUGAGCUCGUGGUACAUCAUUUUUUAAGUAAAGAAGGUCAAGCGAACUGAUAUAUUUGUGUAAACGCAACAAAGAUUCUCUUGUUAUUUUGACUUAAACUAUU